AUGGACCACAGCGAGAACAACCGACCAGCUUCCCAGCUCGUUGCUGGAUUCGGCUCACCUUCAACACCCUCCGGUUCACGGAGUACCAUGCGCCGAUCGACUGCUAUGCGACAAUCUGGCCGUUUCACACAAUCUCAAGCCCAGUCCCAUCAACCUAUUCAUGAUGCGGAAAAAGACGAGCUACGCGUGCAAUUGAGUACUCUCAAAUACGAGCUCGAGAAUAUCAAGCAGGAACGAGAGUUGGAGGCUCUUCGCCAUGAAAAAGAGACCCGCGAGUUACAGCUGAAAGCGGAUGCAGAUUUUCGAAAGGCCCAGGCUGCCGAGUCUUCGAGUAAUCGGGCCACCCAUAAGAGCGAUGAACUCGCAAAAGAAUUGAAAGAAAUUCAAGAUCAGGCUUUGAAUGACAAACUUGGGUUUGAGCGCAAAAUCAGAGGCCUUCAGGACGAAAAUCAGAACUUGCAGGAAGAGUUUGACGACACACAAGCUCGACUUUCGGACCAGGAACGGCAAUUUAAAUACCAGAUCAACGAGUUAGAGACUGUCCGCGCUUCUCUACAAAAGACCAUCGAAGAAUUCCAGAACGAUAUCCAAAACGCCAGGACAUCGCAGGAAUCAACGCAGGAGAAAUUAUCCCAGCGUGAAGCUGAGGUCGCUGAGCUCGAAGCGGAGAACAUUCGACUGAAGGCCGAAGGAAACGAUGCCGAGGCUUUGGCUGUAUUAAAGAGAGAACUUUCCGAGCAGGUCAAUCAUAUUCGGGAAUUGGAGGCAACAAACCGUGAUCAAACAACGGAACUGCGUCACCUUCGAAAAGUCUCGAAGAAUGUUGAAGUCGUCGAAGAACAAAAGAGAUCAGUGGAGAACCAGCUCCAGUUGAUGAAGGGCUUUGAAGCCGAACUCAACACAGUUCAGAUUCAAAAGCAGAUCUUGGAAGAUGAGCGACAAUCUUGGGUCAGUCUCUUGCAGGAAAACGAUCAGCCUGCAGAGUUUGACUCACCAGAUGCCAUCGUGAGGGCCGUAGUUCAAGGACGAAUUGAGAUCGCCACGCUUCUUGAUCGUCUCGGAACGGUUGAUGCCCAAUUCCUUGAGAAGGAUGAGGCUAUCAAGAGCCUCGAAAGUGAUAAAAAUAAUCUGCAGCAGGAGUUGGAGAAACUCCGCGUUGCGACCGCCGCUUCUGCAGGAGGACCGGGUGCCGCGGAGGGCCGACUUCGAGCUCGACUGGAGCGCCAGCGUGCGCUUGCAGUGAAAGAAGUUGAAUACUUGCGCGCCCAACUCAAGACAUUUGAUGCGGAAGAGGCCACAAUGAACGAAGAUCAGUCACAGUUUGAUGGACAAAAAUCCGAGCAAAUAACCCAGCUGCAACAACUCGUCGAUGAAUACCGCGGUGAGCUCCACAAAGUUCAUGAAGAGCUCUCCAAGCAGGAAGCACCCAAAGAAGAGGCAAGAGGCGUCAAACGACCUCUUUCUCCGACCAAUAACGAAGCCGAAAGCGAACGCCUCGCUGUGCUUAGCCGCAAGAACCGCAAGCUCCAGGAACAUCUCACCAAAUCAGACCAGGCCACGACUCUCGCUCUCCGAGAACUGGAUGCGGCCAAGUCACAGAUCAAGUCUUUGAAGGCCAAGUCACGAACACGCGUUCUUGAACUGCGCGAUAAUCCGACAGCCCAAACCGAGCAAAUUAAGAUGACUACUCUUGCAACUCUCCAGUCUGCAAACAGAGACCUCAUGGCGCAGCUCCGCGGAGGCCGUACCGAUGUCAAAGUUGUCCCGGUCAGCACCGUGGAGAGCAUCAAGCUUGAAAUGCAGGACAUGGAGCGCACCGUCGCUGAUAAAGAAAAGCGUAUGCGCCGACUGAAGGAGAUCUGGACAGCUAAGUCCUCGGAGUUCCGGGAAGCCGUCGCCUCUCUGCUCGGAUUUAAGCUUGACUUCUUGCCGAAUGGUCGAGUGCGUGUCACUUCAAUGUUCCACCUCUCCUCCGCAUACCGGCACGGCGACUGCGAUGCACCUUCUGACUCUGGUCCCGGCAGCAUGGGAAAUGGUGAAGAAAACUCCAUCGUUUUCGACGGCGAGAACGGCACCAUGAAGAUAUCGGGCGGUCCGAACAGUCUAUUCGCCAUGGAGCUUAAACCCCUAAUCAAAUUUUGGGUUGAAGAAAGAAAGGAUAUUCCAUGUUUCCUGGCAGCCAUGACCUUGGACUUCUAUGAUAAGACCACCCGCGCUGCUAGGAUGUGA